ACAUUUUUCUUGCCUCCUUCUGGCAACCUGGCAUGGCUCCUUGCAGUGAGCAAUGAUACACUUGGAAGCCUUCGUACACCCAAAGCCCAAAGGAACGACCGCCUCAACUUGCCUUCUUCCCAUAACAACAUGAGAUGGUGCUGCUAAGGUGAUAUUGACUUGCUUGCAGGCUGGAAGACACCACCUUGCCAGAAGAGUUUGCAUUCCCUCCUUUUUUCCCCCUUGCAAACAAAUUGCUCAGAUGGAUGAGGGACGGUGGUGACACCAUGUAGAAGGUGCUGACGGGGUGUCCUAACUGAGUUGCAAUGGUUUUAUACACUUCCCCAUUUCCCAACGGCUUUCUAUCCGCACUGCACUCUUUCUCCUGGGGCUUAAUCUUCCCAUGUUACUGGAUCGGAGACCGGCUUGUGGGCUCUUUUGUGCCGACCACGUAUGAGAAGCGCCAACGGGGAGAUGACCCAUGCUACUUCCAUGCUCUGUGCAUCAUCAUCACCACUCCCAUCUACCUAGCCCUCUUGGCGGUUUCGCUUCCUUUCGCCCUCAUCGGCUUCCUGUUAUGGUCCCCUCUCCAGUCAGUGAGACGACCUUAUGUCUACUCCAGGGUGCAGGACAAAAGCCACAUCCACGGCGGUACGUUGCUCACGGAGUGGAAGGCCUCCAGCAAUGGGAAGAGCUUUUGCUUCGGCUCCGCGAAUGUCUGCUUGCUCCCGGACUCCUUGGCCCGGCUCAACAAUGUGUUCAACACACAGGCGCGAGCGAAGGAAGUCGGCCGGCGGAUCCGAAAUGGUGCCAGCAGGCCUCAGAUCAAAAUCUACAUAGAUUCCCCCACCAACACGUCCAUCAGCGCCGCGAGCUUCAGCAGCUUGGUGUCGCCUCAGGGUGGAGAAAGCAAUAACCGGGCCGUCAAUGCGGGCCUCAAGAGGACAACGUCUAUGGAGUACAAGGGGGAUAACUCUGGUUCAAACAACAGCGAAGACAACAAAGAUGGCAAAGCUGGAGGAGAGGCCAACGAGGGAGAAGAUGGCAACACUUGCAUUGUCCGAAUUGGUGGAGAGGAUAACGGCCACAUUUCAGACCCAGAGGCGGACGGGUUGGGUGGCCAGGUGAAUAAUAACAGGGGGCCAAUGGACCGUUCCCCAGAAGCUGAGGCUGAAAGCUUGAAAGGUCAGACACCCAACCAUAAGCAGAAGGAAGGGGACUCUGGAAGUUUGGAUAGCUACACCGCUUCUCGAGAGUCCCUGGUGAAGGCGCGCACUGGAGAUGGCCCGGUGGACCAAAGCACCAUCAACAGCAAACUCCUCUACAAGGCCUCGCUCAUGAAGAAGACCUCGGUGAGGAAAAAGAGGAACACCGACGAGCCCUUUGACCACGAGAUCUCUGCUUUCUUCCCUGCCAACUUGGACUUCCUGUGCCUCCAGGAAGUGUUUGACAAAAGGGCGGCGGAGAAGUUGAAAGACCAGCUCCACCAUUACUUUGAAUACAUUCUGUACGAUGUUGGAGUCUACAGCUGCCAUGGCCACUGUACAUUUAAGUUUGUGAACAGUGGCCUGCUUUUUGCCAGCCGUUAUCCAGUCAUGGAUGCUGCCUAUCACUGUUAUCCCAAUGGGAAAGGAACGGACUCCCUGUCUUCGAAGGGGGCCCUGUUUCUCAAGGUAGGACACUUUCUUUAUGGAAUCUCUUCAUAA